AUCAUGAUGUCCAUUUCUCUUCUUUCUCCAACAAAUAACGAAUUCGUCAUUGAAUAUCAAUUGAAUAGCAACAGAAAAAAAAUGUUGUUGUUGCUGCUAUUUUGUUUUGUUUUGUUGCAAUCCUACCAAUUGAUUCACCAAUGAACAUCUAAUUUUCCCCAUUUUUUUUUCUACAAAAAAAAGAAGAAGAUGCAAAAAAUUCAUCUUCACAUUUCAAAUACCUGAAUACCUGGUUAAUUUAAUCAAAUAAUUUCACUAAUAAUGAAUCAAUAUUCCUGUAUAUUCAUUUUGAUAUUUCUAUUAUCUUUACAACAACCAAUGGUUGUUCAAUGUGAUACAUGGAUUACAUUAUGGAAUAAGCUGAAUAUCCCAGUAGAAAUACAAUGUUUUCGUGAUUCAUCAAAUAAUAAUGUAAGAAAAUUUAAAAAGAAAAUUAUCGAACCAGAUGAUCGUUAUGAUAUUAAAGGAAAAUAUCCACAAAAAUCAUCAUCAACAACGAAAAAAACAACAUUUUAUCGUCAUUGGUGUGAAGUAAAAACUGAAGAUAAUAUUUCAAUAAUGUUUGAUGUGUUUGGUGGUAAAAAUAAAAAAAUCAAUAAAAUGUCUGAUUCAUAUUCAGAUUGGAUUAUAAAUUCUGGUGGUAUUUAUCGUUUUCGUAAAGGACAAUUAUUUAUGUAUUAUGGUAAAAAUUGGUUAGGUGAAGAACAUAAUAUUGAAGAUGAUUUAGCUGGUACACCUGAAAAAGAAUUACAUCCAGAAGAUUUUGCUUUUAUUGCACCGGUCGAUAUUGAUAUUAAAACAGCCAAAAUGCCAAUCGAUAAACAACGUUUUGCCAUUACAAAAGCCGAAUAUGCAGCGUUAAAAUUUGAAAAUCCAAAAGAUAUGGCACGUUAUGUUAAAGCAGCAAUGAAAAAACGUUUCGGUUCAUUUUGGGAAGUAUUUAUUGAACAAAAAAUGUCAAAUAAAACUGUUAAACGUACUUGUGAUUCAAAAUUUGUAAUGAAUUUUUCUGUUAAUGAAUUAGCAUUUAUUGUUUGUCAAGUAAUGAGAUAAUGAUCUUUUAUUAAAUAAACGUUUGUUUUUUUAGUUAAUUAAAAAUUAUCAUUUUUUUCGUUU